AUGUCCAACCUCCCACUGAGAGGUCAGGGCACGAGACCCCCUGGAAUCCAUUGCAGGGGCUCGGGCUUCACUCCACCAGCUCCCCCACCAACAUCGGCUGCUGGCUCAUCAUCCCUGGGCAGUGGUGCCUCGCCAAUCUCGCCAGACCCUACCUCAACUAGGGCCACUUACUCGACGAUCACCCUGCGCGCCAUAUUCUCUCGUGCCAAGUCUGGCGCGUCUCUCACUGUCGACCGCUCCGACGACCGCUAUGCAUUCGAGCUCGAGAUUGAACGACGCUACAUCCACUGCUACGAGACCAUCUUCUUCGAGCUUCUCCAGGGACGAGGUACACUCAAGGCUGUCAACCCAAUGGACCUUCACAACGCGAUAUGGCAGCAAGCUUUUCACGACGCACAGUACCGGUAUCUUGUACUAUCAUGCGAUGUUCUCGAGAGCUUACCGCAUAUACUCCGACGCCAACUAGUCAACUAUGAAACGCCUCGUUCCGACCUUUCUAAUCCACCAAAACCCCAAGACGCAUCACAGCCGAUGACUCGACGCAAGAAGACAAAGAAAACGAAGAAGACUUCAGUUCCACGAGGAAUUCCGAUAAUCCUAGACGACGUACGAACCAAAUUAGCAAAGCCGACGCCAGUAGAUUUGAUGAUCGCCAUUACAACAGUCCCUAUACCGAUUUCUCUUUCGCCGCAGAUCCUUACAACCACGACUUCGUACACACCUGUACAGCCGCACACCGAUACUACAACUACGACCACAAUGCUGGAGAUGAGGCGGGUGGAGAUGUUAGACCUGGAGAGUAGCGAGGAGGAGAGUGAUGAGAGUGAUAGCGAGUCGAGCAAUGAGGAAUGGGCGAGAAGGAAAGCGAGGAAGAAGAAGGAUCAGAGACGAGCUAGGAGGAGGAAGGACAGUGAUGAGAGCGAUGAGGAUAGCGAGGAUAAGAAGAGGAAGAAGGAGAAAGCAAGACAACGACAGAGGAAGCAGGAAAGCGAUAGUGAUGACGAGUGCCGACAGAGGAAAAAGAAGAAGACGAACAAGAAAACUAAAAAGAGGAUGGAUACCGACGACAGUGACGAGAGCAGUUCAGAAGACGAGAGAUCAAGGAAGAAGGCAUCGAGGAAAAAGUGCAAGUAG